UUUCAUUGCACUUGACUGUCUCCGUCCGGCUGCAGCAGCUGAAAACACACAUCAGCAGCCUGUUUGCUUUUCCUUGUCCAUUGAACGCAUCGCGGCACGCGGAAACAAAGGUGGAGGCGAUACAGAUACACGCCGCGACUACAGCAACAGCCGGGGCUCUCGGUGAGAGGACACAGAGGCUCCGGGAUCGUCGGAUGGUGACUGAAGCUUGUGUUUUUUUGGGGGGGAUCCUGGAGGUCGCAUCUGCAUUCAGCGCCUUCUCAUCAUGCCGACCCACAGGAGGCAGCCCAGUAUUGAACUGCUGGAAUUGAUGGGAGUGGUAAAAGAGAAUGGCAAUGAACAGACAACACUCCCACCUGUGCACACACCUCUAUCAUACGACUACGUCCUGGUUGGCAAAACAAUUGAGAAGCAGGAGAGAGAAGCUUUCAAGAAGCAAAGUGAAUACAUCGAAGAACUGAAAAAAAAGAAACUGAAAGUUACCAAAAUCAUAGAUGAUGAUCUCAUCUUCUAUGGGAUUCAAGCGCCCAAAGAGAUCUUUGAGAGGUACAGGUAUCUGCUCAAAGUGUCCGAUGCUUGUAACUGGAGCUCGGAUCAGAACAUCGUACCACUCAGCACCAGGAUAAGGAUUGUCCACUUCAUCUUGAAUCACACCUUUAUAUAUUCAGGAGAGGGUUUGAGGCAUCUGAUGAAGAUGAAGGUCUUUGAGGCAAAGUUCUGCUUGCAUGAGAAAAAGAAACAGAGAGAGCUGAAGGAGAAUUGGGCACGAUGGACUGCCUGUCUCCAAGGGCAACCCAUCACUGCCGUCAGGAACUACUUUGGGGAGAAGGUGGCCUUGUACUUCCUCUGGUUGGGCUGGUACACAUACCUGCUAAUCCCGCCGGCCCUCAUCGGGGUCAUCGUCUUCCUUUAUGGCCUUGCUUUCUUCAACACCUCACCUCUUAUAAAGGAGGUUUGUGAGGCUGACACGCUAAUGUGUCCCCUUUGUGACAAGAGAUGCAAAGUGUGGCAGCUCUCUGACACCUGCACAUACGCCAAGGUGAGCCUGCUGUUUGAUAAUAAUGGCACAGUGCUCUUUGCAAUGUUCAUGGCGGUGUGGGCGACACUGUUUUUGGAGUUCUGGAAGAGACAUCGAGCUUCUUACGUGUGCGAGUGGAAAGUGUCAGAUUGGUGUGAGGAGGAGGAGGAACUUAUACUGGAAAUUGUGAACGACGUUAAAUGCGAGCCAAAAGAAUACAAGCACUCCUACCUGCGCAGCACCCUGGUUUUGGUCUGUGUCACAGCUAUGAUAUUGGUGAUCAUUGGCCUGACACACGCCUUGGUGGUGUUCAGAGUGAUUGCUGCAGUGCUCUUGGCUGAGGGAUCAUGGGAGUUCCUGAGCAACCACUCCAACAGCGGCGCGAUGAUGUUGGGGGCCGUCCUCCAUUACCUCAUCAUCACUGUGAUGACACGGGUCAACAGGAUUGUCGCCAUGAAGCUUUGUGAAAUAGAGAAAACGAGGUCAUUUGCUGCCACAGAGAAGAGUUUCACUGUCAAGAUGUUCACCUUCCAGUUCUUCACCUAUUUCUCCUCCCUCUUCUACGUGGCGUUUUUUCUCGGCAGGAUAAAUGGUCAUCCUGGUGGUUACGUCCGAAUUUCAGGGAAAUGGAGGCUGGAAGAGUGUCAUCCCAGUGGAUGUCUCACAGAUCUCUUCAUCCAAAUGGCCAUUAUAAUGGUACUGAAGCAAACCAUCAGCAACGUGUUGGAGUUCACUGGCCCCUGGUUCUGCAGGUGGUUUAAGAGACGAAGAACCCAGAAGCUGCAGAGGAAAUGUGCCCACUGCUACCUGAAAGAUGAAUCAGAGGCCAAACAAGGAGCUGAACUGUGUGAUAACUGCAAGCUUCGAGACUGGGUCAGCAACUACCGUCUCAACGAUGUCGACUCCUUCAGUCUUUUUCAUGAGUUCCUGGAGAUGGUGAUCCAGUUCAGCUUUACCACCAUAUUUGUGGCAGCGUUUCCUCUCGCUCCUCUGCUAGCCCUCAUUAAUAAUGUUAUUGAGAUACGCCUGGAUGCCAUUAAAAUGGUCGCUCUGGAGCGCAGACUGGUUCCCAAGAAAACCAACGAUAUUGGUGUGUGGAUCGACGUGUUGGAGGCCAUUGGUGUCUUGGCCGUCAUCGCAAACGGGCUGGUCAUCGGCGUAUCCUCGGACUUCGUCCCUCGAUUGGUGUACCGCUACCGCUACGGCCCAUGUGCCAACGGCACAGUGACGGACAUUGACUGCAUGGCCGGAUACAUCAACAACACUCUCUCCACUGCACGGAUGGAUGACCAGAACAUAGGCAACGAGUUUUCAGCCAGUCAGAUGGUUUCUCCUGGUGGAUAUAAUGUCUCUUACUGCAGGUAUAAAGACUACAGGGACAAUGACUACACCUUAACACCACAAUACUGGCUAAUUUUAGCUGUGCGCUUUGCGUUUGUCAUCCUUUUUGAGCACGUUGUCGUCAUAUGUAAGUUCAUUGCCGCCUGGUUUGUGCCGAGUGCUCCCAUGCAGGUCAAGAAUGAUAGACUCUUCGAUAAACGCAACAGACUAAAAGAGGAACUCAGUUCAUUCGAAGCGCGAACCCACUCAAACACUUAAAGUUUACACAUGUCCAGACUAACAGUGUUGAGUCAGCUUCAAAGCCAUCAUCUUUCUAAGGAGUCCAGAGAGUGGGCGCCCACUCUCUUUCAUUGUGUGCAGUCAAAUGUUAAUUGCUAUAUAGGGAUUCUCAUCGACAAAACCGACUUUUUUCCAUUUUUCAUGGACAAAACAAGUGUACAGUAACUGAUUUUAUUUUUCCGUUUUUUUUUUAAUUUUAUUGUAAGAAUGCACCAAUAGCUUACCUUUGGAUCUUGAUAUUUGUGAGACGCAUGUGUUUUUAUCAAUAGGCCUAAACAUAAUUUAUACUGGUACUACACAUACAGUACCGAUUGUGUGUUAAGGUGUUGCCUUAGUGUAAAAAAACGCUGUGAGGAUUGUCAUUACUGCAGACACAGUCUGAAGGUGUCUUUUGUAAACCAGACCUAAACUGUUUUGCAUUAUAAUAUUUUAUAUUAUUGAAUAAAGAAGAAAACUUUGAA